AUGGAAGACUGCUUUAAAAUAGGCAAGCCAAUUUCACCAUCAAUGAGAGUUUGUUCUCAUCAUUUUCAAGCUUCAGACUUUUUUCCAAACAAUUCUAAAAGGCAGAAGUUGUUUCCUUAUGUCGUACCGUCUCAGAAUAUUCCUAAAAGAAGCUCUGAUAAAGAAGUACCAUUCGCCCAAAAAAUAAAAUCAAUUGCUCGAGAAAAUAGGGCUGAUAUUAGAUACAGGAAAAUAGUGGAAUCAAAUAAAGAGCUUGGACUUGCUAUUGAGAAUGAAGAAACUAAAUUUGAAGAUGGAUUUGAGGACAAUAAUAUAACUGAUAACAACAGUCAUCUUCAUGUCAUGACUUCAUCGACACAAGUCAAUUUAGUGGAUUACAGAAAUUAUCGUCCCCGAGAAGAUUGGAGUAUAGCUGACAUUCUUUGUGACAAAGAACCUUUGGAAAAGUGUACUCAAAUAAAUUUUCUUCCUAUGUGGGAAGAGGAUAGAUCAGUUUUAAAGCAAUUAACCCUCUCAGAUUUACUCAGUAGUGAUAUGUAUUUAUUUACUUUUACGGGUAUUCAUUCAAUAGAACUUUUAGAAACAUUGGUGACUUGUGUUAGUGAAUUGGCCUUAGAUGCUCCAACAAAUAAGAAAAUGUUAUCUGUAAGAGACAGAGUAAUUUUGACAAUGGUAAAAAUUAAACAAUAUAUGUCAUUUAGAGCCAUUGCGAAGUUUAAUAUUGGAAUAACUCCUUCUGGCCUUAUAACUGAAAUAAGUGCAUCUUAUGGUGGUCGAGCAUCAGAUAAACAUAUUGUAAAUGAAUCAGGAAUCUUAAAUAAAUGCGAGUUUAAUGAUGGAGUGAUGGUGGAUAAAGGAUACAGGAUUGAAUCCGAAUAUAAUGAAGUUAGUUAA